AUGAGUAUCAUCUUCUUCUCCCAGACAGGAAUUGGGGUCCUAGGGAAUUCCUUUCUUACUUGUCUCUUCAUCUUCAUAUAUCUCAGUGGACAUAGCCUGAGACCUAUAGAUACUAUUCUCACCCAACUCACCUUGGCCAACUGUUUGGUACUUCUCCCUAAAGGGGUCCCUCAGAUCAUGGCAACUUUGGGUCUGAAGAAUUUCCUUGAUGACAUUGGCUGUAAAAUUGUCUUCUACCUUCAAAGAGUAUCUCGAGGUCUUUCCCUCACCAUGACCUGCCUCCUGAGUGUCUUUCAGGCCAUCACCAUAGCUCCUAGCAGGUACAGUUCAGUAGAGCUUAAAACCAGAGCCCCCAAGUACAUAAUUCCCUCCAGUCUCUUCUCUUGGACUUUCCACCUACUUUUAAAUGUCUUCAUUGCUUUGGGAAUGAAAGGACCAAGGCACGCUGGGAACAGCACUGAAGUUCAACAUUUUGAAUACUGCUCUUAUUUAUUUACCCCAAGAUAUCAAGCUGUCCUGCUCUCAAUCAUAUUCUCUUUUCCUGAUGCUCUGUGUUUGGGACUCAUGGCCUUUGCCAGUGGCUACAUGGUAUUUCUCUUGUACAGACAUCAUAAGAAAGUUCAACAAAUUCACAUUUCCUGCAUUUCUGCCAGAAUGUCCCCUGAGGUCAGGGCCACCCAAACCAUCCUACUGCUGGUGAGUAUCUUUGUCACCAUGCACUCACUCAGCUCCAUCUUCACAACAUACAUGCAUUUUAGGAAAACUUCGCUCUGGCUGACACAGACCUCUGCCUUCCUGACUUUGAGUUUCCCAGUUGUUAGCCCCUAUCUGCUCAUCAGCAAUGACUCACAAGUUCCCAGGUACUGCUAUGCUCUUUGUGGGAGGAAAAGACCACAUUCUGCCCUCGCAGCAGAUUAG